GGCCAUGCUCAGGCUGCGCCUGCUGACGUGGGACGUGAAGGACACGCUGCUGCGGCUGCGGCAGCCCGUGGGCCAGAGCUACGCGGCCGAGGCCCGGGCCCACGGGCUGCAGGUGCAGCCCGAGGCUCUGGGGCGCUCCUUCCGGGAGGUGUACGGAACCCAGAGCCGGCGCUUCCCCAACUACGGCCACGGCCAGGGGCUCAGCUCCCGGCAGUGGUGGCUGGAUGUUGUCAAACAGAGCUUCAGGCUCUCCGGCGUGCAGGACGAGGCAGCCCUGACGAAGCUGGCAGAGAAGCUCUACCGCGACUACUGCAGCUCCAACACCUGGGAGGUGCUGCCGGGAGCCGCCGAGACCCUGAGCCGGUGCCGCCAGCUCGGCUUCCGCAUGGGAGUCGUGUCCAACUUUGACAGCCGGUUGGAAGCCAUCCUCUCGCAGUGCAACCUGCGGCACCACUUCGAGUUCGUGCUCACCUCCGAGGCCGCGGGCUUCGCCAAGCCGGACGGGAGGAUCUUCGAGCAGGCGCUGCGGCUCGGCGGGGCCCGCCCGGAGCAGGCGGCUCACAUCGGGGAUGACUACAGCCGGGAUUACCGGGCGGCCCGGGCCGCGGGCAUGCACAGCUUCCUGCUGCGGGCGGCUGGGCAGGGCGAGGGGCCGGAGGUGCCCCCCGAGCAUGUCCUGCCCACGCUCAGCCACCUCCUGGCUCGCAUCGAGAAGGAGUAGCUGAGGUUCGGAGGGGUCCAGUGCUGCUGCCAGUGCUGAACUGUCCUGCCGUGAGAUUUCUUGCUGCCAGGUGGGCAGGGAAGAGUAGCAAGUCUGAGCUGCCUAUGGAGCAGGAGGAGUGUUCAUGCAAUAAAACAUUUCUGAUGCCCA